AAAAAUUGAGAUGGCUCAACACAACUGUUUGAAGAUGUUUUUUUAGCUUAACUUGAGUUGACUACUGCAGUCUCACACCUGCCAUAAAACGUGUUGGGUGCACAUCACCUUCAACCAAUCAAGUCCCUGAGACUCAGAUUUUUUAAACAAGCCUCAUAGGUUUUAGAUAUGUGACUUUCUGUUAAUCGGUUAAUCAGUGGAUGUCUGGAAAUAGAAAAACGAGGAAUAUGCUGAAUAAAACACCCUGAAACUGUGGUGCUGUCCCUUUGUUCAGAAGGCAUGUUGUAAAUAGGUUUUCUUUGAUUUGUUCAUCGUAAACUUUGCCAACCCAACUAAUUUUCAGUGCGGCUUGAAUAGUUGGAGUGCAACCUGCAGCAGAUAUGAGACUUCAGUUUGGGACUUCAGGUACAUGAGGCACCUUGGACAGUUUUCAUCUGCUGAAAUAUACUUUUCAGUUCCAUGGACAGUGAUGACCAGGAGUCACAAAGCCACAGACUUGGCCUCAUGCAGGGACAUGAGCGACUCCAGACGUCAAAUGUGCAGAGGAGUGAGCCCAGAGGUAAAGAAAAGGCUGUUUGUGAGAAUGAUGCUAAAUUGUCAGUGAAGUUGAGGAAGCUGUUGAUGUUGGAGCUGGAACAUAUGGACAGACCACAUUUCUACUGGGAAUAGAACCUAAAGUAAUUAGGAAUUUAAUGUAUGGUGUGGAAACACUGCUGUCAGAUGAGUUUAGUUACUGUUCUGUUUGCUUUGUUAUCCUUUUUCUGGACAAUACUGCUUAUCAUCCCCCCACUCUUACACGAUGAUGUACGCGGAUCUGUUAUUUUGCAGUCUGCAGGGCUUCACGGAGCCCUGAAGGAGACGAUGUUGUCGGUAAAGUCCAGUCCGUCGACGCUUUUAGUUUCACGCCUCACUGGUCCUGCAUGUGCAGACUCCAUCUGUCUGAACGCCGUGGCUCGUGUCAGUCUCAUGCCGGUUAUACCUCCACAUUCUGACUUCAGAUCAGAAGUUUAUUCAUUGACAUAUUUCAGUUUAAGAGACACUGUAAACGUGAAUUACAUGUAUAUGAUCCCUUCAGAUUUUGAUCCAAGUUAGUUUUGCCCAGAUAUUUUAUUCGGUGCCGCGUGUAACUGAAUGAAAACAAAGACUCCGAGCAUAUUUUUUUCUGGAAACUCUUGGUGGCUCCACUCUCCUUCUUUCAACAAAGGAUCACUGUGCUUAAUUUGCACAGAUGGAUACCCACGCUGAAACCUGGACAAAAAGGCUCCCAACCGAAGUCCGCCUUGGACUUUUUUUCCGUGCGCUCCUCUUGGAGAGCCCGUUCCCAGGCUGGACUUGAUGGCAGUUAUUUGGGGUCCCAUGGGGCAGAACGCGUGCAGCAGCGUUUGAAAAAGCCAAGAGCUUAUACCCUCAAGCUACAGCUUGCAGGCGAAGAACAGCAUCGCCCCCGUCAACGCAGUGAGCUCGAUGAGCUGCAAAACUCUUUCCGAAUGUGGUGCGAAAGACGCGAGGUCUGCUUAAUGAGCAACCGAAUAAAGCUCUGUCUAACGGAUUAUAGUCACACAAUUUAUGGAUCCUAUGGAUUUUAAUGAACAUUGUUGCUCUUAAGUAGUGUUGUUUUGUUCCUUUGAAUAUCAUUUUAGCGGCAUUGGUUAAUUGACAUAUAACCGCAUCGUUGUGUUUAUGUGAUCAAGACCUCCCCAAAAGAAACAAGCAACUAAAGCAUCGCUAAGGCGCGUAGCUGGUGAGGGCAAGGACAGGAACCAGCAGCCGCGGUCAGGUCCGGGAUGCUGAUGGGAGCAGCAGUGAGAGGUUGGGAGGGGGUGGUGUGUGGCGACCGAGGAGGGAGGGAGGGGGUUCCCAUCUGCCGCGUGGUUGUGGCGCGUGCCGAACGCGUGAAUCCCAGUGGCAGCCCACAGCCCUGUUUGGUUCAAUGAGGGGCUGCAGACACUGUCUAUGGGAAGAUGCGAAAAUAAAAGGCGCUCAGCGCACGUUUCUAACCAUCAGGCGCUACGUUAUAUGGUCGUGUCACUUCAAACGUCAGAUGUGAUUCGUUAAAUUAUAAACCAGGCGCGUCCACCGUGUCAUCCUCCACGCAGCCGCUCUUUAUAUGAACAGUGUGAGUCUUUGUACACACACACACACACACACACACACACACACACACACACACACACACACACACACACACACACACACACACACACACACACACACACACACACACACACACACACACACACACGUACGUCCAUCCUCUCUUUGCAGUGGCUCCAUCAGACUCCACCCCCUCCCAAAUGCUCCAGGCUCCAGGUAGACACUGUUGUUGAAAUUGGAAGCAAACUGUUGGGGGAGCAUAAACAGAUGUUAAUCCAUACAUAGCGUGGCUUGGGUCUCUGCUUUAUUAAUUUCCACGAAUAGAUUAGUCCUGCCACCUCCGAAUCUCUCCUCUGGUUCUCGUCCCUUUGUUGUGACGGGUCGGAAAGUCUUGUCUAUAAGCAACGAUAAAAACAUCAACAAAGUGUAUUUCUCCUUUUUAACUAGAGCAUUUUAACUUGUUUGAUCGAAAUCUAUUAUUUUACAUAGUUGCAACAUGUGUAGUCAAACAAAACUGUUAUCUGGAUAAUUUGCUUAUUUGGUUGGGGUACAUUUUUAAAACAGACAAAAAUAAACUGAUAAAUUUAUUAAAAUAAUUGAAAAAACGCUCAAUCCUAAUUGAAAAACUACUAGACGUUAGUUGUUUGUAGUAACUGCGCGUUGGGGGAAUCCCACGUGCCUGUAGCUUGCGUGCCUCGUUUAAGCUUGGGUUGGACGUUAAGGCUUUAAAAUUUUAAACGCAAUAAAACAAAACGUCGUGUAACCCCGCAUACCAGCGGUGACGACAGGGGCCCAGUGGGACCAGAUGGUCCAGACGGGACCCUCCGGUCACGUCCCAAAGGCAUCGCCCCCGGUGUCAGACCUCAGCGCUGCGGCUCGCGCCCCCUCCCCCCCGACGCUCCCCACCCGCAUAAAUAGGAGGCCCCUCGCACUCUGCCGCACAGUCAAGCGCAGCCGCUGCACGAGCGAGCGUCUCCCCCGCAAAGCACGUCAACCCGCCGAAGACGAAAUGAGUCCCAGCAUCACUAGCGAGGCCGUCCGGCCGUUCCCUGCCCGGUCCACCGUGGCCCAGAGGAAGCAAGCCAACGAAAUGAGAAAGACUCUCAAACCGUUGCUGGAGAAGAGAAGACGAGCCCGUAUCAACGACAGCCUCAGUCACCUGAAGAGCCUGAUUCUGCCGCUCGUUGGCAAAGACAACGCGCGUUACUCCAAGCUGGAGAAAGCGGACAUUCUGGAAAUGACCGUCCGCUUCCUCCGAGACCUUCCGUCCGCUCCAGUCAAAGACUCCGCAGACAGUUACAGAGACGGCUACAAAGCGUGCCUCCAGCGCGUGUCCGCCCUGCUCCCGAAAACCAGCGCGGACCGAGGCGCGUGCCAGCGCGUCAGCGACUUCAUCCAGCAGUCCAUGUCCGCGAGCGUCACGCCGGCCUGCCGGAACUGCUGCGCGCACAGCUCCAGGAGCCUCCCUCAGAUCCAGCAGCGCAUCCAGAGCCUCAAAUCCAGCUUCGGCUCCAGACCGGAGACUCAGGUCCGCGGCGGCAGCGCGGCGGCGGCGCCGGGCGGAGCGCAGCCAGGCCCGCAGUCCGUCAGCUCUGCGAUGUGGAGGCCGUGGUAGAUUAGACGGACAUUCAAUUCACGAGUCGUGUUUAUUUUUCAUUUCUAUUAUUGUAGUCGUUGUGAUUAAGAACAAUAGUUUUGAAGAUGAUGUAUAAUAUUUUUCUUCAGUAUUUGGCCCAUUUCUGCCAGAGGGCACACGAGCACAGAUCUUAUAGAAGCUGUAUGAGUCUAUGGGCUUUUUAAUAUGCAAUCCUCUUUGGGGUGUCAAAGAUAUGGGUUGUAGACAACACUUUUGUAAAACCCCAAGGGUUAUUUUGUUUGAGGUUUGCACGAGGGGCUUAAAAGUAUUUUGGUCUGUGCAACAGUUUUGUCUGUAAACACUAUGUGUUAAAUAGGAUUUAUUUUUGUUUAUUGAUGUCGAGAAAACAAGCUUUGUCAAAUAAUGUCUUUUUGAUUAAAAUGAAUAUAAUUGUCAUUUUGUCAGCUCUGUCAUUUAAGAGUUUUAAUAAAUGCAUGCUCC